AUGUCGUACAUGGCACUCACGGUGGAGGGAUCGACACUUCUGAUCAGUCCUCUCAUAAGCAUGAGAAUGAACACGUUGAUGAUUCUUCAAAGAACUCAAGUGCCUCCAACUUUUCAAUCUAAUAUUGACAAUACAACUAACUCUAACUCGAAUGCAUUUUCUCCACAAACUUAUUUUAAUCCUAUGACAAUGCUUCAAUUCAUGCAAAUGAUGCAAUCUAUGUCAAUUAAUCAAGACACGAUACCAUUCGCACAACCACCUAACUUUUUAUCUUCUACUAUUACAAACUCUUUCAUCAAUACUCCAGAUUUCGUUUACACUAGCGAUUCCUAUGACACCAAAGACAUUCCAUCUGUCUUAAACGAUAAUUUUGACAAUAUUAGUCAUUCGACUUCGAAAAUUCACUCAUCUGGUGAUGUCAACAAUAAAGUAUGUUUAUACCGCAUCAAUGGUAAAACUGAGUUUGAACCAUAG